CACAACACUUGUUGCCCUCACCAAGCUUAGUCGCUGAAGCCUGCUGACAUCAUCAAGAAUGGUACGAGCAAGCUUGUUGAUCUGCUGUGUGCUCGGCGCACUGGUCCUCGUGUUGCCAACUGCUGCCUACCCCAGGUAUCUCGGCAACUACAACCGCCCAGGACAGUAUGAGCCAGAACAAAUAAUGGACAUGUUGAACCGCCUUAACGAACUUAUGGAAAUGGAACGCAAAAUGGAAAAUUUUAGAAACAACCAAAAGCGUGACUUCGAUAUGGGCAUCAACCGUGGCUACGCCGGCGCGCUCCAAGCCAAGCACCUGAUGGGCGUCUCAGCAGCUAACUACGCUUCAGGCCCCGGCAGGAGGCGACGCAACUCCGAAUAA